AUGCAACUCUACCAACUUCUCCUACUCCUCCCCUUCACCCUCACUGCAGCCUCCCCGCUCCACUCCCGCGCCACAAAACCCGGCCUCGCAUAUUCCCCCUAUAACGCAGAUGGCAGCUGCAAAAAGCCAGAGCAAGUCACCGCCGACCUCAACAAACUCAAAGGCUUCCCGCUCAUCCGCUCCUACGGCACCUCCUGCGACCAAGUCAAGACCAUCAUCGCCGCCGCCAAGCCAAUCGGCAUGAAGGUCAUGCUCGGCAUCUACGAGCUCGGCGAUGUCUCUAAGGAAAUAUCAAAAAUCAUUGCCGACGUUGGCGGGAACUGGGGUAGUAUUGACUCUAUCUCAAUUGGCAACGAGCACAUCCACAACGGCGCCAUCUCUCCAGGAGACCUCGUUGCCAAGAUUUCCGCCGCGCGCAAACAACUCAAGGACGCAAAGAUCAACACCAAGGUCGUGGCGACAGAUACAUUCGACGCAAUCAUCAAGUACCCGGGCGUGUGCCAGGCAUCCGACUUUGCGAGCGUCAAUAUCCACCCCUGGUUCGACCCCAACACUGCGGCGAGCACCGCAGGGCAGUUCAUGAAGAACCAGAUUGCACGCGUUGAGAAGGCCUGUCCAGGGAAGACUAUUGUCGUUGCGGAGACCGGCUGGCCGUGGAAGGGGGAUACGCAUGGCAAGGCUGUCGCUGGGAGACAGCAGCAGGAGACAGCGCUGAAGGAGAUCGUCAAAGUGACUGGGUCGACCGGAAUAUUUUUGGGGCCCUUUGACGAUACCUGGAAGAAGGAUAACCCUGGCAGUUUCAAUGCGGAGAAGUGGUGGGGUAUUGCGAAUCUGGGGGUUUUCUAG